AUGGGCGGAACAAGCAGCAAAGAUGCUCUGAAGGAUGCUCGGAAAAGGGCGGAGGAGCGAGUUGGCACACUGCAGGUCAGCGGGCGCUACCAUCGGCUGCCCAGGAAGCUGUCCGAUGAUUACAGCCUGACAGACACGGUCUUGGGAACCGGCUUCGGUGGCUCCGUUUUGUUGGCCACCAGCCGGCGCCCGGACCGGCAGGGUCGGACCAGCCGCUUCGCUGUGAAGAGUAUCAAGUUACACCACAAGGCCUCCAGGAGAACACUGGCAGCCGAAGUGGAGGUUUUUCUAUCAGUCGACCAUCCUCAUGUUUGCAGAUUGCUCGACGUCUACGAGAGCGAGAAGAGCUUGGACCUGGUCAUGGAAUGCUUGGAAGGUGGCGAGCUUUACCAGCGGGUGAACGCCGGGAAGUUCGCCGAAAAGGAUGCAGCAGAUGCAGCAUACCAGAUGCUGCUCGCCAUACGAUACCUGCACAACCUUGGCAUUGUCCACCGGGACAUCAAGCUUGAAAACUUCCUGUACACCGAGGUCGGCAGCACCCAUCUGAAGCUGAUCGACUUCGGUUUCAGCAAGGCCUGGGAUCCUGAGCAGAAGAAGAUGAAGUUGAGCUGUGGGACCAUCUGUUACGUUGCGCCCGAGGUCAUCUUGCAGAGCUACACGAACAUGUGUGACAUGUGGAGUCUCGGAGUGGUGGUGUUCCUGCUGCUUGUGGGCUACAUGCCCUUCCCUGUGCUUCCGGACAUCGAGGAGACCGAGCUGAACAUACUCAACGGCCGGUUCAAAUACGAUGCCAGAAAAUGGAAGGGUGUUUCCAAGUCAUCGUUCGACUUUGUCUCCAAAUUGUUGCAACGAGAUCCAGACCAACGCAUGACCGCGGAGCAGGCGCUAGCCCACCCGUGGAUCGCGGAGCGGGAGCAAUUCCCUUCCGGCACGGAAUCGGCUGGACUGGAUGCUUCCGUUGUUCACUCUCUCGCAGAGUAUUCCAGAGCCUCGAAAUUCCGACGAACGUGCAUGCAGGUGAUGGCUUGGUCCCUGAACAAUGCAGAAAUGGCAGAAGUCCGUGAGGCCUUUAUGGAGUUGGACGUGCAGAAAACUGGCGCCAUCCAACUUCAUCAGCUGAAGUCAGUCUUGGAGGAGAGGUUCAACAUCUGUGACGAGGAGACCAGGAAAAUCUUCGAGGCUCUGGACUCUUCCAACAACGAGGAAGUUGGUUACUCCGAGUUCCUCGCUGCCAUGAUGUCGUCGCGCAUUCAAGUUCAUGAAGACUUGGUUCGCGCCGCAUUCCAGCGUUACGAUGAAGAUGAUACGGGCUACAUCAGCGUGGAGAACCUGCGGCAGGUCUUGACGGAGAGUCUCGACAGCCCGGAAACGGCGGAAGAAAUGUUGAGUGGAGUGUCAGUCUUUGCUGGGGCGGAGCAGCGCGUUUCGUUUGAUGCGUUCAUUGAAUAUUUGACAGGUGGCGAGGCCGAUGAGUCCCACAAGCGGGCAGUAGGCUUUGUCAUAGACAAACAAAUGUCCAGAAUGAGUUCAUCGGAACUAAUGCGGAUGGCUCCAACGCUGCGCCAUUGCCCGCUCACUCCGAAGGGCCUCAACAGGGCGAAGAGCACGCCCUUCAUGAUGGUCGAGGACUCCUCAGACGAUGAGGCAAAGAAGGAGAUCCCCAUGUCCCCGUUCUUGACCACACCAAAUCCGGUCAAGCAGACCAAGGUUCCAUCCCUGGUGGACACGACAGAGGCAGCCGCCAAUGCAAAGCAGUUGGAGGAGGUGCCGGAAAGCCCCCCGCCCACGGUCCCGACACCUGCAGUGAAGCCGGAAGCACGCCGCACUGUUCUGGCAUUUGGAGCCAGGGAAGCGCCGGAAAUGCGUAAUUCUACAAAAGAGUGGGAGCCGGAGAGCUACUUCAGCAUCGUCGAAUCCAACCAUUUCCGUGAGCUGACUCACAUUGCUCUUCGAGUUCGACAAGGUUCAGACGAGGUUGUGAAGAAGCACCUCGCUCACAAGCUACGUGCUGCUCGAGCGGAGGCUGCGAGCCUCAGCCAGCGCCUUGCCGCCAGCAGCGAGGCAUUGAUACAGAGCCAGAAGCAGGUGAACGAGCUGACGGCCCGUAGAAGCCACAGAGGUGCGGGGGUCGUCGCCGACGAGCGAGCGCACCUGGAAGAGUCCUUGCAGGCAACUCAUCAGCGGGAGCUGGGUGACCUCAAGGAUGAGCACGCCCGGGCUCUGACUGAGCUGCAGCCUGGGCCUCGGGAGGAGCGGACUCGCAUGGAAUCCGAGCAUAAGCAGGCCUUACGAGCUGCCUUAGACCGUGCACAGAGUGCCGAGGGCACCGUGGAGGAACUCCAGCGAACGCGACAGUCGCUGACAGUGACGGGGGAAAGUUGUCGAGAACGUCUGGAGCUGGCUGAGCGUCAGCUGAAGGAGGCCUCACAAGAGACUAGCGAGCUUCGAAAGCAGCUAAAGCAGUCGGGUGCCUGGUGGUUUCGACACGAGCGGGACCUGAACGGCCUCCAGGUGCAGCUGGCCUCUGUCAAAGAACAACUGGCCGUGCGCGAGCAGCACACGGCAAGCCAGGCGGCUCAGAUCGAAGAGGCUGUCAGGGAGCGCCGGACGCUCGAGGAAGGUCUGGCCACCGUCAAGAAGCAGGCUGCAAUGGCGCAUUCUAUGCAGCUGCAGGCGAUCGAGGGCCGUUUGCAGAAGGCUCUUGAGCGCGUUCGAUUAGUCCUGAGCACCGAGAAAACGCCGCAACUGGCGGCGAAUGUGCACCACCAGUACAAUGACAAGUACUUUCUGGUGGAAAGGAGCACGUGCAUAGCCGCCGCGUCGCAGCUGAACUGCCUAGCAGCUCUUGGACUCACAGCAGACCAGCUCCGCGGGCUUCGAGCUUGGCUGCCAGCACAGGUCUCGCUGCGUUUCAGGUCUCAGGAGAAGUGUACCUUUCUUCGCGAAGAGAAGCGCGAGGAGGAAGAUCCGAGAAAGCACGUAGAGGAGGUCUCCGUGGGCGGCGUCGCACGGGCCAGCUGGUCCAGCAAGGUCGUGACGACCAUCACGGAGUAUUUCUGGAAGUUCGAGACCAGUUACACUCUGGAAGCUUUUCGCGGCGUUGGAGCAGAAGAUGCCGACAGGCUCCUGCUGCUGUCCAGGAACGGGCAGGUGGAGCUGAAGACCAGCGCCAAAUCGCCCCCGCCGCAUCCAGAAGCACGGGUGCCUGCCGUCAAUCAGGAGGUGAACAUCACCUGGCUUCUGCAGCUGUUAUCGCAGGAAGGCACGUCCCCGCUCUUCAAGAUCGACCGGGCUGCUACGGGAUGCAGUACGCCGCGGCGGAACCAAGAUGUGGACAAAGCCUUCGCGCACUUCACAAUGUUCACUCAGUGGGCUAACGGCGUUUCAGACUACCUGCAACACCUCAGUGCCGUCGAUCCCAGGACCGCCCCGCAGCUGCCCUUGGACGGCGUUUUCGCACCCGUCCUUCCCUUGAUGGUGAGCGGUCAGACCUCCAGUCCAAGACCCGCAGAGCCAGCCGGCACGUUAGCCUCACUGAAUCUGGCCAGUGAUGUUCAAGACAGCCUAGUCCUGUCGGUGUCAGACGGAAAUCGCCUCCUCAACGAGGAGAUGCGAACCAUGAAAGAGCAGCAGCAGAACAUCUGCGAAAGUCUUCCGGGCAAUGAUGGCAUCUACACACAUGUGGAGUGUGGGUUGCACUUGGUUCUGCGGCAUUGCGGGAAUGUCGCGAAGCGCUGGAGUCAAUUGGUGGAGUAUGUGGAAGGCAUGCUCCGGAAACAGCUGAUAGACGCUAUUGGCAAGGAGGUUACGCCGGCCCUCUUUGCAGCGUACAUGCAGUUCCACUACCGCAAGCUGUUCCGACAGGAGUUUCAACCUCGCCAGUUCUGCUUCGCUGUGCGGCGGUCAGAGCGACACAGUCCAGAGGGAACUGUAAGCAUCGAAGAGGAUGCCGUGGGGCUGGAUGAGUCCAGCAUUCGGAGCCCGAUCGUGACCAUUGCCAACUGCGCAAGUACGCCGUGCACUAUGAGCUUUCCGCUGAAUGCAUCGACGGAGGUCUCCUUCACUGGCGACGUCUAUCUGCAUGGAUGGCUGUCUCACCGCUUCUCAGGCGCCUCUGGCGCGGCACUGUACCUCACCUCCCGAGCUCGACAAUUCAGCUCCAUGCUGGUACUGGUUGGCCGGGUCGCAUCGGCGACUUCCUUCGACCCCAAGUUUGCAGCCAUCCUCCAGAACAAAGAUGAGCUGACAAUUCCGCUCGAGCUGUCAAUGAUACCUACACCAAAGGAGUUCAAGGAUGCCAUUGCCUCCUUGUCCCCGCAGCAGCAGGCCUUCGCCAAGGCCUUCCGGUCGAUGCAGUUGGAGAGCACGCUGUUCGGCGUACUGGUUGUCCAGAUCAAGCCUCAGCUCGAGAAGCUCCUGAACUUGCCGGACGACAGCCUCACCAAGGAGAUCAAACUCACCCAAGAUCUCAUGGACCUGUUCAUCAAGUACCAGAUUCCCAGCGACCUGUUGUCCUUCAGCGACGAUACAAGUGAUGCGGAGGUGGCACCAGCCCAGCGGUUGGAAAUGGUCAAAGGCCACGUAAAGGCCAUGCACGACAUGAUCCAGCAAGAGAAGGAAGCUGAGCUGUUGGCGGCACGCCAAGAAAUGGAAUGGGGUGCGCCACAACUGCGGAGCCAGAUAACGGCUGACUCGGACUACAGUGACGAAAGCAUGGGGGGCAUGUCCAUGCCACGGUCCGAGUGCGAGGAGUGCGACGAGGCAAUGCCAAUGCCUGAAGCUCGGUCGGCGCCCGUCGUCCACAAGCGGAUGAAGAUGGAGAGGAAGAUGGAGGAGUGUGAGAAGCGCAGCAUGGACAAGCCCCUAGAGAAGAAUAAGGAACGAGAUCGAGACCGAGAUGGUCGGGACGGCGCGUCAGCUGCAGCCUCCUCAUCUGGCCGUUCGGGCCAACCCGCCCAGCAAGGGCAGUCGUCUCAGGCCUCUGGGCAGCCUGGCGGAUCUGGAGGCGGCUUGCCGUACGUGCGGGAUUACACGAAGGUGCCCAAGCAGAUGGAUGCCCAGUUCGAGACUUUGGCUCCGGACAGUGCUCUGCGCCCGACUAUCAUAAACCCUGGAGUUUGCUGGACAAAGAGAUCGCAGAAAGCCUUGCUGGCACAGCCGGUGACGUCAACUCUCUUUUUCGAUGAUCAGAAAGCAGAGAAGGAUGCGGCCUUUGAUCUGCUGGAUGCCAUCACGAAAUCGGGUGCUUUGCCUCUCAGCCAUGCAGCGCUCCACAUUGUGAUAGCUGCGACGCACUGCUUCGACAAGACCGUCACGGAGACAGUGGUGCAAGACAACGUGAACCCCAUCGACAAGGUCGAGCGCUCGACCUUGAUAGUUGCAUCAACCGUGCACCAGCAGCCUGUCGCAGCUCUCAUCGAUGAGGCCUCUGUGGCCCGGGUGAGCACCUCGAGCCCACAGCUCUUCCUGGAAGAUGCGUGA